AUGGAAGUCGACAAGUACGCCGGCAACACCUCCGACACGUCGUCGAGCGAGGAUUCCGACCACCGGCCGGAAGACAACCUGGGUGUCGGCCUGCCGUACGAGUGCGCUUUCUGCAAGCGAGGCUUCACUAACCCUCAGGCUCUCGGCGGCCACAUGAACAUUCAUAGAAAGGACAGGUUGAAGGCCGCCAAUAAGCAGAACAACAUCUCUCAUCAUCAUCAUCAUCAUCAAGAACAAUCUCAUUCAACAAAGCAGCAACACCACUGUUAUUCUUAUUCAGAUACAAGGGCGGCGCCGCAUGUAAGUUACCACCAGUUUAAUUACUCGCCGCCGUCAAACCCUAGCUACCAACAAGUUUAUUAUCAUCAUACGAGGAGGUACGGAGAUUUCAUGGGUGCUAAUGAUCUUAGCCUGAGAGUGGGUCCUUCAAACGUGGAAGACGACGAGGAUGAAGGGAGAAAGGAAGAAUCUGACGAGGAGGAUACUGAGGUGGAUUUGGAACUCCGUUUAGGACGACGUCACAAAUACCAGUAA